CUUGUCAUGACUCAGUAGGUUCACUGCUUUGGUUUGGUCAAGUUCAUUUCUUCAGCUUUUGGCUCAGUGGCUGGUGAAGCAUCCCCAAAGGGGCAUGACUUCCAAGGCAACAUUCGAGUCCAUUCUGGGAUGCUUCAGAAGACAUCAGGUUGAGGGGGAUGAGGUGAUGGACUGGCAGGUCUUCUCGGAAGUCUUGAGAAAGCUGGACCCCGAGUUCUGCAGCGACACUUUGCUGGAGAACUUCAGACUUUGCUUCUCAGAAAUUCAGGAUGAGUCAGUGCGGGCAAUCAGGAUCGAAGAAGCCUUGAAGUGGAUCUUUUGCAGUAGUGUGAAGCUGAAGCGCUCCACAUCUUUGAAGAAGCAGAAGACCGAUGAAUUUGACACAGAAGCGCUUCGUGUGCGUACAGCUUCUGGGGCCGUGAUUUUGGCCAUGAAGGCCGAGGAGUUGGAGACGGUGGAACGGCUCAGGGAAAAGGUUGGAGAUGUUCUAGGCCGGUGUGUGGAUGAAGUGAAGCUCAUAGCCUUUGAGAGACAGCUGGAGGAUGGGGAAAGCUGCCGGGAACUUGUGACCCAUGAAUUUGCAGCAGGCAAAGGAUGCCUCGAAGUCUUGGUCGUGACACAGCAGAUUCCGCAACUAGACCCAGCACUUCCAGUUCUGGAUCAGCUGGAGGUUUUGAAGGCUAUGAUCAUGUCAUCAUCCGUGGAAUAUCAAAUAGAUGCUGCCACGCACCUCAGAAAGGUGCUGUCAGUGGAAGCCAACCCACCCAUUGAUCGAGUACUCGAGCUGGAUGUUGCCCCGCGGCUUCUGGAGUUGAGCCAACAAAUGGCCAACCCGCAGUUGCAGUUUGAGACGCUUUGGGCAGUGCUCAACAUCGUCUCCGGGAAUGCUCGGCAAACCCAAGCCAUUGUGGACCUGGAUGCUGUGCCCAUCAUCAUCAACAUCAUGCGAGAGAGUUCGACUCCAGACGUGCAAGAACAAGCAAUUUGGGCCAUUGGAAAUAUUGCUGGAGAUUCGGUUCAACAUCGAGACCUUUGCCUUCAAAGCGAAGGGAUGCCAGCAGUACUUCAGGUGCUCGAGAGCACCACAAAGAUCUCCUGCAUUCGCAAUGCAGUUUGGACCAUCUCCAACUUCUUUCGUGGCGCUCCCAAGCCACGUUUGGAUGACCUCAAGCCUGCAUUGCCAGUGCUUACACGGCACCUGCGCAAAAGUAGUGACACUGAUGUCUUGACAGAUGCCCUUUGGUCAAUGUCUUACAUUUCUGAUGGAGAGUACAACUACAUCCAAUCCGUGAUCGAUUCUGGAAUUUGUGAUCGACUGGUGGAGCUGUUGGCUCACCCGUCACAGAUGGUGCAUACACCUGCACUCCGCACUGUAGGGAAUCUUGUCACCGGCGAUGACGCGCAAACGGAUGCUGUUUUGAGCUGCAAGCCCUUGCCGUCGGUGAUGCAAUUGACAACAAGCACCAAGAUGAAGAUCAGGAAGGAAUGCUGCUGGAUGCUCUCUAACAUUUGUGCAGGACCUUUGUACCAAGUGGUGCAGAUCAGAGAUGCCGGCUUUUUCGAGCGCUUUGUGAUCACCGCCAGAGAUCCUGAACUCAGUGUUCGAAAAGAGGCCGCCUUUUGCAUUACAAAUGCUAGCGAAAGGCCAGAAGUUGUGGGAGAUUUGAUGGAUGCUGACUGUAUGACGGUUAUGCAUGAGCUGAUGGAUAGUCACGACGGAAAGCUCCAAGACCUUUGCCUCACUUUCAUCUCCAACCUUCAAAAGGCCUUGACAAGCCUGUCCGCAGAGUACUCAGAGCGUUUCUAUGCAGCCUUUCCAAUUCAAGACAUUGAAGAACUUGAGGAGAAUGCUGGCAGUGCAUCGAUCCGAAGCAAAGCCCAGAAGCUCAUUCGUCAAAUGCAGUCGAAGACGAGCACAGAGAGUCCUGAGGCUUGUCCGGAGAGUCCGGAUGGUUUGGAUGCUCCGCCGGAGUCCGAAGAUGAAGACUUAGAUUGACUGAAACGGCUAGCAGACUCACAUGGUUGGCCAGUAGACUUAGAUGCAGAUAGACUCACAUCUAGCUUUGUUUUUUUGAGGCGAAGGGGCCUUUCACAGACCUGAGUUCGUCAGAGCAACAGAC